GGAUCGGGAAGUUGCUGAAGUUGGCGAGUGAGUGUCCGGGCCCCGCGUCGGCUCCGGCUUCUUCCUGCUGCCCGGUCGGUGCAUGAUGGAAGCAGCAUGGCCUCCCAUCUCUCCCUGACCCAGCUAUCCAGUGCAAAUCCUGUGUAUGAGAAGUACUAUCGACAGGUUGAUUCUGGUAACACUGGAAGAGUGGUGGCUUCUGAUGCUGCUGCUUUCUUGAAAAAAUCUGGGCUAACAGACUUAAUACUUGGAAAGAUUUGGGAUUUAGCUGAUACAGAUGGCAAAGGUAUCCUGAACAAACAGGAAUUUUUUGUGGCUUUGCGACUAGUGGCCUGUGCACAGAAUGGAUUGGACGUUUCCCUGAGUAGUCUUAAUUUGCCUGUUCCUCCACCUAGAUUUACUGAUACCGGUAGCCCAUUACUAAUCAGUGGAACAGCAUCAGCCGACGUCCCAUGGGCUGUUAAGCUGGAAGAAAAGGCCAAAUAUGAUGCUAUCUUUGACAGUCUGAAUCCUGUGAAUGGAUUGUUGUCAGGGGAUAAGGUGAAACCUGUACUGCUAAACUCCAAACUGCCGGUGGAUGUCCUAGGAAGAGUUUGGGAACUAAGUGACAUUGACCAUGAUGGAAUGUUGGAUCGAGAUGAAUUUGCAGUUGCCAUGUUCUUGGUGUACUGUGCUUUGGAAAAGGAACCAGUGCCAAUGUCCUUGCCUUCAGCUUUGGUGCCACCUCCCAAGAGAAAAACUGUCAGUAUUCCAGGAGCAGUGCAGUUGAUCCCAUCGUCAACAUUCACUAAAGAUUCUCAUCAGUCCUCGUCUCCUGUUGGCAAUUUACCUGCCAAAGCACCACUAACACAGUGGGUUGUAUCACCUGCCGACAAAAUCAAAUAUGAUGAGAUUUUCCUGAAAACUGACAAAGACAUGGAUGGUUUUGUCUCUGGUGUGGAAGCCAGAGAAAUAUUCUUAAAGACAGGACUGCCUUCUAACUUACUUGCGCACAUCUGGGGCCUCUGUGACACACAGGACUGUGGAAAGCUUUCAAAAGAACAGUUUGCCUUGGCUUUCCAUUUAAUUAAUCAGAAGUUAACAAAGGGCAUUGAUCCUCCUCAAGUUCUGACUGCAGAAAUGAUCCCUCCAUCAGAUAGGGCCAGCUUACAGAAGAGCUCUCUAGGACUGACUGCGGUGGCAGAUUUUUCUGCAAUUAAAGAGCUUGAUACUUUAAACAAUGAGAUAGUUGAUCUGCAGAGGGAAAAGAAUAAUGUGGAACAGGAACUGAAGGAGAAAGAAGAUACUAUCAAACUGAGGACAAGCGAGGUCCAGGAUCUUCAAUGUGAAGUGCAGAGGGAGAGCAGUACUCUACAGAAGCUGCAAGCUCAGAAACAGGAAGCACAGGAAAUCCUUAAUGGCCUUGAUGAGCAAAAAAUCAAGUUAGAGGAGCAACUUAAUGAUAUCAGGCAGAAAUGUGCUGAAGAGGCCCAUUUGAUUGCCUCACUGAAGGCUGAAGUAAUGAGUCAGGAAUCUAAGAUCUCAACAUAUGAGGAGGAACUGACCAAAGCUCAAGAGGAGCUAAGUCGCCUGCAGCAAGAAACUGCUGAGCUAGAGCAGUGCGUUGAGUCAGGGAAAGCACAGCUGGGACCUCUUCAGCAGCAUCUGGCGGAUACACAACAGGAAAUCAAUUCAAUGGAAACAAAACUGUUUGAGCUGAAAGAAUUGGAAAAUAACCAAUUUAACUGGCACUCUCACCCACACAACCUACUUGUUAAUGGUACUGCAGAUCAUUCUAGUCUUAGCAACAGCAGCAGUGAAGCUGCUAACCUUAAUGAGAAUGCUGAAAGGGAGAGUUCAGCAGAAGCUGAACAAAUAAACCCCGAGUCUCCAGUAAGGAAUAGCCCUGAAACAACAAAUGCUGCUAUUGGAGAAGAGAAAGAGAUCCUGACUGCAACUGUUAACAAAAAAGUGGGUUUGCAAAUGUUUUUUCAUACUUUUUCCCCCUAGGAAGAUCCAUUUGCUACAGAAUCUCAUCCUCUGCCUGAUCAAGUUACAGAAGCCAAUUUAGACUUCUUCCAGUCUGACCCCUUUGUUGGCAGUGAUCCUUUCAAGGAUGACCCUUUUGGGAAAGUUGAUCCUUUUGAUGGUGAUCCCUUCAAAGAUUCAGAUCCUUUUGCAGCUGACUCUUUUUUCAAACAAUCCUCCACUGAUCCUUUUGUGACUGUGGACACUGAUCCUUUCAGCACAACAAGCAACAGCAAUAAUCCCACAACAGAAACACUGAAGAACAAUGAUCCUUUUGCUCCUGGUGGAACAGCUGUUUCUGCACCAAAUGAUCUAGCUACAGAUCCCUUUUCCUCUCUAUUUGGAAACGAGUCAUUUGGAAGCAGUUUUGCUGACUUUAGCACAUUGUCAAAGGCCAACAAUGAAGAUCCCUUUAUUUCCUCCACAUCAGGCUCUGUAAACAAUGUGGUCAUAACUAAAAACGUAUUUGAGGAACCACCAGCUAAAAAUGAGGAUAUUCCUCCUGCUUUGCCCCCCAAGACUGGAACUCCUACAAGACCCUGCCCUCCACCACCUGGGAAAAGACCUAUCAACAAACUGGAUUCUUCAGAUUCCUUUAAACUGAAUGAUCCAUUUCAGCCUUUCCCAGGCUGUGACGUUCCCAAAGAACAAGAUGAUCAUCUAUUUUGUGACCCAUUUGCUCCCAGCAAUAUUGGUAAAGAGACGGACACGAGCAAUUUUGCAAACUUCAGUGCUUAUCCUUCUGAAGAAGACAUGAUUGAAUGGGCUAAGAGGGAAAGUGAGAGAGAAGAAAAAGAGAGACUUGCAAGAUUAAAACAACAAGAGCAAGAAGACUUGGAGCUGGCUAUUGCACUCAGUAAAUCUGAAAUAUCAGAAGCAUGA